CUGUAGAAAUGGUAAGAAGAACAAAGGCUAGGAGGAAAAAAUCCCAAAAGUCAAAGAAAGGUGAUGAUACUUUGGCACAAGCUAAGCACACAGACGAGGAUUUAACAGCCUCCAUUAGUACUGCAGAUAGAAAGCCAGAACAAGAAGAGAGCGAAGUAAAACCUACUGGCAAAAACAAAGUAAAACCUACUGGCAAAAACAAAGUACAACCUACUGGUAAAAAGAAGAAAAACAGUAGUCCUGAAUCAAAUACAUGUAUUACUAAAAAGGAAAAUACAGAUCCUACAAAACCGUUUGUUUGUGAGCAGUGCCCGUCUAUUUUAAAGAAUGCAAAAUCCUAUAGGGAGCACAUGAGAAGGGUCCACAAAGAGAAGACCCACAAAUGCAAGGAGUGUGGAAAGCUCUUCAGGUAUGAAUGUAUUCUAAGAGAGCAUUCUCUGAUGCAUACAGGGGAGACACCUCACCAGUGUCCUCAAUGCCCAAAGAAGUUCCGCACGAAGAGCAAUCUGACUAGACAUUUAAUUGUACAUGGUAUAAGUAACGAUACACGAGCACUAUACAAAUGUCAGUGUGACGUCUGUGGCAAAAUGGUUCGUUUUGCAUCCAAUUUACUGGCUCAUAAAAAGUCUCAUGGGGAGGACAGGCCAUUUAUGUGUGUGGAAUGUGGAAAACAGUUCAAGACAAAAGCACAUUUAGAACUUCAUAUGGCUUACCACCUUGAUUAUAAACCACAUGAAUGUGAAACAUGUGGAAAGAGCUUCCAUGACAAGUCGAAUUACAGAAAACAUCUACUAAUUCACAAGGCAGACAAGCGUUUUAAAUGUGACAUCUGUGAUUGGGCUUUUGUAAGAAAAGAUCAGUUGAAAAUGCAUCAGCGCACCCACACUAAACUUUCCUUCCAGUGUGCAGUAUGUGACAAAAAAUUUAAAACAGAGGCUUAUUUCAAGACCCAUUUAUCACAACAUGCAUUGGGAAACAACUUUCUGUGUUUUGUCUGUGACAAGGUUUACAGCAGCAAUUCUAAUCUAAAAAUGCAUAUGAAAAAAUGCCAUGGAUCUUCCAUGUUAUUAAAAACCACAGAUGAAAGGAAAAGGAAGUUAUCCUGUGAGGAGAAUGAGGUCAGAGGUCAAAAUGAAGGAAAUCAAGGGAUAACAGUUAUAGUUGUGAAUGGAAUAAAGAAUGAACUGUCUGUUUCAACAGAUGGCGAUAAAAGCUCUUUUGAAUGUAAAAUAGAAAAUGCAGUGGAGGAUAGCUCUAAAUCACUUGACUCUCUUCAACAAGAGAAUAGUAUAAAAAAUGAGAAUAUCCCAAGAAAAGAUGAAGUAAUCCCUGAAUCAUCAACAACUCCUGAACUGAAGUUUGAAUAUUAUGCAGAAGUGAAUGAAUUGUCCAAUAAAUCUGAGAUUGUUACGGAAAACUAUACCAUUCUUGAAGAUAACAUUACAAAAUUACAGGACAUGACAGGAAAACAGGAUAUCACCGCAUUAACGCCCAGCCUAGUAAUGGAGCCAGGAAAACAGAAUAUCACCACAUUAACACCCAGCCUAGUAACGGAGCCAGGAAAACAGGAUAUCACCGCAUUAACGCCCAGCCUAGUAACUGAGCCAGGAAAACAAGAUAUCACCAUAUUAACAUCCAGCAUUGUAACGGAGCCAGGAAAACAGGAUAUCACCACAUUAACACCCAGCAUUGUAAUGGAGCCAGGAAAGCAGGAUAUCACUAUAUUAACGUCCAGCCUAGUAAUGGAACAGAACAACAUGGAACCUGUAGGGGAAACUGAUGAUGCUAAGACUACCUUUGAAACAACACUAGAAACAAAUGAGAUGGAAACAGAUACAAAAGAAAUCAUGGAGAAUGAUGGAAUGGAGACUUCCUCACAAGAUAACAGUGAAGUGGAGCAAGCUGGGAACAGUGAAGUGGAGCAUGCUGGGAACAGUAUCAAGACUGGUGUCAAGUGUAUCCAGAUCUAUAUUGAUGGUCAGUUAUGCACCUAUACAGGAUUACAGUCUGACAGAGGACAGAGUUCCUAGACUUGAGAGAUCUGAAACACAAACUGCACCCUCAAAGUGUCCCAUUUCUAGAAUGUUCUGUUACUCAAUGAAGUUUUAUGGGAUAUGUUUUUUUGAGGGAAAAAGAUAUUGAAUUAAAAUUAUCUUAUUCUUAGUUGAAGAGUUUAUGUAUUUACAUGACUGUAUAAUACAAGUCAAACACACAAAGGAAAUCUUUUAUACCUACCACAUUGAAUAUACAUGUAUAUGAACAAUCCAUCUGUAUAUAUUUUCAAAG